AUGGCGCUCUUAUUUCCACUUUUUGCUGACCGGGAAGUGCACCCUCCCGAACAACUCCCGAACCAUGGACUCGUGCCACCGAUCACACCUGACGAGGUCCUCGCAUCUCUUCGUCACAUGGAGAAUCGGAAAGCUGUCGGACCAGACGAGGUGCCAAUUGAAACGUGGAAAGCGCUGGGGGCUCGUGGUGUGUGCAUUCUUACUAACCUUUAUAAUAGAAUCCUGAGCGACCGAAUAAUGCCCGAUCAGUGGCGGCUUAGUAUAAUAACGCCGGUCCACAAGGGUAAAGGGUCCGUUCAGGAUUGCAGUAAUUACCGCAGUAUAAAUGUGAUGUCACACACCAUGAAGCUCUUCGAGCGCAUUAUUGACACCAGGAUCCAACAGGAGUGUACAGUGUCGGACUCCCAGUACAGUUUACAACCAGAACACGGUACUAUGGACCCUAUAUUCGCCCUAAGGAUCUUCAUGGAGAAGCACAGGGAAAAGAAUAUGCCUCUGCAUUUUUUAUUCCUAGACCUGCAGAAGGCCUUUGACUGUGUUCCCAGGGAGAUGAUCUGGUGGGCGUUGCGGUCGAAGUUGGUACCAGAGACCUACGUGGAAAUCGUACGUGACAUGUACCGCAACUCCGAUUCAAUAGUCAGGACCGCUGUUGGUGAUACCACCCCCUUCCCCAUAACCGUAGGCGUGCAUCAGGACUUCGUCUUAAGCCCCUAUCUCUUCGGUGUGAUAUUAGACGAACUGUCAGCCAGCGUACAGAAACUACCGCAGCCUUGGCUGCUUAUGUACGCUGAUGAUAUCGCACUGGUAGAUGGGGACAAAGGACGGCUCACCAGACGCGUGCACGCAUGA